GCUUCGCUGCGUACCUGCAACGCCACAACGAAAGAGACACCGCCUCCUCCUCCUCUUCCGCACACCACAGCUGUCGCGUGAAGCGCAUUCGAGGUAUUGAGAACACGCAGGUUUGGAGGGGAAGCAAAUAAAUGGUCCUCACCGGUUUCAUUAAAGUCGAACGGUGUAUGCAACGGAAUUGAUGUACAGUAGCAGACAUACUUUGAAAACCUCUUCUUUCUGUAGAAGUCAUGUAUUAUGGUAAGCAAGAGGCGCAGGGCGGGCAACGCGGUGCGUUCAGCCGCCUCAUGGCCGCACGGCGCGCCAGCGAGGUCCCCACGUCACGCACCUCCGCGACGGCAUCGGGAGCGGCGUCGUCAACGCCGCGGCUGCCGACGCUCGCGAAAGGCGGCGAGACCACUCCAGCAUCUGCCCCACUCAGCUCCUCAUCCCACCUCGUCGCUUCGCAUCAUAGUAGCAGCGGUAACGGCGGCGGCAACGCAGCGCCUACAGGGCGGCAGGGCACCCCCGACAUCCCCUCCUAUGUCAUCACGGAGCGAACGCCGCGUGCGGAGCUGCUCGCCAUCAUCUCGGAACUGCAGAGGGACCUCACGCAACGCACGGACAGCGUCAACGCCAUUCAGCGCAACUUCCAGCGCCUGAGCGCGAUGCACCACGCGGAGCAGGAGGAGCUGCAACGGCUGCGGCGCCUUCAGCAAGAACGGCAAUACGUGGUCCCGCCGCCAGACACGGAUGCAGCACUGCGCGAGCAGCGGCGACUGGUCGAAGAGCUGAAGGCCGAGCUCACGCAGCGGGAGCAGGAGAGCGCGCUUCUGCGGAAGGAGGCCGCCCGCUCUCUCGAACAGCACCGACACGCGGUGGACCGCAGUGGCGUUGAGCACGUGCUUCUGCAGGAGCGGCAGAACAUCGCAUACGCGGAGGCGCAGGCGUUUAUGGAGCUGAUGAAGACUUCAACGGCAGAGCUGUCGCGCCUUGCAGCAGAGCGUGAGGUCAGGGACGAGAAUCGGCAGAAGCACGAACACCUGCUUCGUGUGUUGCGCGCGCACACAGAGCGCCUCGGUGCUCUUCAGCUUAAAAUAAGGGGCGAUUCCAUUGAAGCCGGGGCGAACACGCCGGUUCCUCUUCAAGCGGAGCUGCGGUCUUCUGCGUUCAGCGGCGGCGAACUGACUGCCGUGGCUGCGGAGCUGCAGAGAGCAGAAGAGGCAGCAACGUUCUGUCUGGCCGGAUACGCGAGCGCGGCGGCCCAACGACACACCUCCGCGAGCACCGCAGCGCAGCAGCAGCUGGCAGCGCUGACCGCGAAGACGGAUGAUGCGCAGCACGCGUUGUGCCGGACGCUGAUCUCGUGCGAAAGGGAGGCGCGGUGUUCAUUGGAGGGCGCCGCCGCCGAUACCGCAGCGGCGCUGCUGUGCUCUUUCCAACAGCUGAAGGUGGUCGCGGAGAGCACGGCACUACGUGCAGUCGCGGUCACGUCCCAACUGGAGCGCACCCGCGCUCAGUGCAGCGAGUACGUAGACCAGUGGACGGCGUCUGCGGACGGGCGACUGCACGAACUUCAUCACCACAUCGAUUCCUGGUGUGCUUCAUUCGAGAGCGACCUCUCUGCGCACCGCAAGACUGUGGAGCAACACGGGCAAGUGAUGCGUGAGCUGGCCGCCGCGCGCACGGAGUGGGAGGCGCUGCGCGACACGGAGCGCAAAGCGCACAAGGCGGAGCUCGCCCACGUGCGACAAGACACCGCCGCGAAGGUGGCCACAGCCGAGUCUCGCCUGAAGGCGUCGCAGCAGCAGAGUUCAGCCGUGCAGAAAGCCUUAGAGGACGCACAUGCUGCCCACCAACGUGAGAUGCAGGACGCUGAACAGCAUGUUCAAGAGAGGUGUAAGGAGGCCGCGGCGGAGCGGGAGGUGCUGCUGAGCCGGCAGUGGUUCCGCGUGCAGUCUGCACAGGAGCAGUGCACGGCGGAGGCGAUGUCGCUGUUGUGGGACGUGUCUUGUGUGCGAAGGUUGUGCUAUCAGGAGGAAGCAGAGGCACGCAUGGCGUUGUACGCGGCACACGUCCAGGCCGCUGCCCGGCUCUCUCAGCAGACAACGAGCCAAAAAGUGUUGGCGGGAGUCUCGCAGGCGGUGUGGGCUACGCAUGCAACGCACUUGUCUGAGGGGGAAGCCGCGGCUCGCUUGCUGGUAGAGACGAAGGCGCAGGAAGAAUUUGUUGAGCUCGUGUGCGAGGAAGAGGGCGGGAGGCGCGGUCUGUGCUACAACAGCCAACUGGCACGGCUGCAUCAGGAGGUGGACGAGGCAAGGGUGAAGACAGCGGAAAUGCAGGCGAAGCACCGACGUCGGGAAGAGCAGCUGGAGGCCGAUCUGCACCUUGCCGAAGAGGAGCGCCGAGCCGCAUUGAGCAACGCGUCGGAUGCCGCCGCCGCCGCCGCUGCCGCACGGAGAGCGGAGCAAAAGGUAGCUGAAGAGCUCCUCGCGCUUAAGUCGUCCACUGCUGCCGCGGCGGAGCGCAUUGAGGCGGCCGAGAGCGCCACUGAGAGCGCCUGCUGCUGUUCGCUCUGCCUUCAGCUGCUACACAAUCCCAUCGCCUGUGUACCCUGCGGGCACGUGUUCUGCGCGGGGUGUCUUCUAUGGCACACACGCAAUAAGUCGCUGUCCUCGCUCAGCGCCGCCGGCGCCGCUGGCGGUCCGCAGCUUAGCCGACGCGUGAGUGGUGGGGCACCGCCUCGGAUUGAGGUGGAGGUGGCGCAGUGGAUGCGCGGGCUGACUGUUCCGCAGGCCCGGCUGUACUGCCCGGAGUGCGGCGGUGCGCCGAGUGUGUCGACGGUGGUGGAGCUGCGCGCGUUGGGUGACCUGGCAGCCAAAUACACGUACAAGAGAGGCGCUUUGAAGGAGUUGAUGAGGGACCUCCUUUGA